UGGAGUUCGAGGCUCAUUCGCCACAUACGCCUCGUGGUGAUCAGUCAUUUAGCAUAAAUAUUUAUUAAUCAUGAAGGUUCUGGUCGUUCUAGCCGGGCUCCUGGCUAUCUCGGCUGCCGUCGGCCCCGUCGUCCCUGCCAAAGUCGUCUGCUACUACAACAGCAAGAGCUAUGUCAGGGAAUCUCAAGCGCGCAUGCUGCCGUUGGACUUGGACCCUGCCUUGUCCUUCUGCUCCCACCUGGUCUACGGAUAUGCUGGCGUCCAGCCUGACACCUACAAGAUGGUGUCCCUCAACGAGAACCUGGACGUAGACCGCUCCCACGCCAACUACCGAGCUAUCACCAACUUCAAGACCAAAUACCCUGGUCUGAAGGUCCUGCUGUCCGUUGGUGGUGACGUCGACACUGAAGAAGCCCAGAAAUACAACCUCCUGUUGGAGUCACCACAGGCGCGCACAGCGUUCGUGAACUCCGGUGUGUUGUUGGCUGAACAGCACGGUUUUGACGGCAUUGACCUCGCCUGGCAGUUCCCCAAAUACAAGCCCAAGAAGAUCCGCUCCACCUGGGGAUCCAUUUGGCACGGUAUUAAGAAGACCUUCGGUACCACCCCUGUUGAUGAGAAGGAGGCUGAGCACCGUGAAGGUUUCACCGCUCUGGUCCGUGAGCUGAAACAGGCCUUGAACGUCAAGCCUAACAUGCAACUAGCAGUCACUGUCCUACCCAACGUCAAUUCUUCCAUCUACUUCGACAUUCCCGCCAUCAUCAACUUGGUGGACAUUGUGCACCUUAGUGCUUAUGACUUCGAGACUCCCGAACGCAACCCUAAGGAGGCUGACUAUGCUACUCCCAUUUACACUCCCCAAAACCGCAACCCACUGUGGAACGCUGACGCCGUUGUCAAUCACUGGCUCCAGGGUGGUGCUCCUGCCCACAAGCUGGUGUUGGGUAUCCCUACCGCUGCCCGUACCUGGAAACUGGACAGUGAAAGCGAGAUCUCUGGAGUUCCUCCAAUUCACGCUGACGGUGCUGGUGAAGCUGGACCUUACACCAAAACCGAAGGUAUCUUGAGUUACCCUGAAGUUUGCGCCAAAUUGAUCAACCCCAACCACCAGAAGGGCAUGCGUCCUCACCUCAGGAAGGUCACUGACCCCAGCAAGCGCUUCGGAACUUAUGCCUUCCGUCUUCCCGAUGACAACGGUGACCCAGGUCUGUGGGUGUCCUAUGAAGACCCUGACACUGCUGGACAGAGGGCUGCUUACGUCAAGGCCAAGAACCUCGGUGGAGUGUCCAUCGUUGACCUGUCCAUGGAUGACUUCCGCGGCCUCUGCACCGGGGACAAGUACCCCAUCCUUAGGGCUGCUAAAUACCGUCUUUAAAUAAAAAUAAAAUAUUAGUUAUUCAUUAUAUCAAUACCUAUUAGUUACUCAAUAUAAUCUGCUGUAUACCGACUUUUUAUAUUUCGAUAGGGAUGACGACAGGGUAUGUUAAUUCUUUUAUAGACUAAUACUGUCACGUUUAAUAUACCGACUUCAAGUUCCUUUUUUAUUGAAGUCGGUUAAUUAAUAUACCAAAACCUCUUUUCUUUUCCUCUAUUAUUAUCUUCUAUUUUAUUUCGUCGCGGGAUCUAUAUUCAUAUCCCUAGGACGCGCUAGACAUACAUACAUACACCUGUAUGUAUCCAAACUACGAAACUACCUUUAAGUCGGUAAAAAUCACGUCAAAUGUUUUUAAAAUCUACACCGAACAUCUAAAAUUGGACUGGUCAUUUAUACCAUGAUGACGACGUAACCAUUGUAAUAUUUAAACAAGACAAUAAUUUAUAAUUAUAACUUUUUUGUAAUAAAACAACUCUAUUUGCUGUGUAAA